AUGCACGGUGUGCGCAAAGCAGCGCGUAAUAUCAAAUACGCACUAAUGAUAGCGCACAACGCAAUCAUAGGAGCGCGUGUGAGCCAGAUGGUUGAGUCAAAUCAACACCAAAGGCCAUCACCCUUCAAGCAGGGCAAUUGGGUCUAUGUGAGCACAAAGAAUAUGUGCGUACCAAUGGGAAAGCCCCACAAGCUAUUGGCACAAUGGAUUGGGCUGGUAGUAAUUGAUGGAGUGGUAAAAGAAGGAGCCACCUACCAUGUGGAGCUCCCAGAGGACCUCAGGCAGCAGGGGAUCAAGGCAAUAUUCCAUGUGUUGCUACUCAAGCCGCAUAUACCCUACAAGGACCGCAGGUUCCCAGGGAGGAACUACAAGCAAAUUGCAUUGUUGGAAGCCAAUGACAACAAAUGGGCAGUAGAGAAAAUAGUAGGGCAUUGUGGCAAGGGUAGUAAUGCAGCGUUCAAGAUAGUGUGGCAAACUGGGGACCACACAUGGGAAAUGUACCGUGUGGUUAGGCACUUAGAAGCACUCAAGCAAUACUUUGGAGCCAUAGGGGUCAAACAAGCUAGGGACCUACCUUGGGCAGAAGGGGGAGACACACCCUAUGAUGAGCUUAGUGAUAGCGGGUCUGAAACCCUGGAGGGCGCAAGCAUAUGCAUACUUAAGGAGGGAGACCCAGAGUACAAGCACCUCACCACACCACUGUUGCAUAUCAAGCUCACUGAAUUACUAUCACUAUACAAAAGAUGCCCCAAGGCCAACGCCAGCAACGUAGUUGGGACCACAACCAACAACAAGACAAACCACCAGCGUAUCAACAGGACCAGUACAACCAAGUCAAUCCUGGGUUACUGCGGCUGCUCAACACCAUUGCGCAGACCAGCCUCAAAACUGUCCAAGCCUGUAACCCCCAAGUACAGCAAAGAGGCCAACAAGGGGGCAUGGGGACACGCCCAAGAUAUCAGCACCAUUACCUGCAUGUUGGUAGAGGGCAGCUGGACCUGUACAAAGGAAGGCGCUUUAGACAAAGAAGAACUCAACCUAGUGCUAGGCCAAGGAGUAGAUUGGGAAGCAGCCUCUCCCCUGAGCGGAACGGAAGUGAACAACAAGGAAGAAAGCAAAGCGCUAGCCAAUCCAGCUCCAACAACGCUACUGGAUCCAAUCAAGAGAGUACCAUUGAACCCACCACUCCAACCGGCACCAGACCCAAACCAGAGGGGCGCAAUUGGGCUCCAAAUCAACAAUCUGUUGUCAAAGGUAACCCAGGCUAUCAGAACUGUUGAGAACUUGAUAUCAGUGACCAAGACCCUCAACAAGCGCAUCAAGAGGACUCACCAGCGCAUUGUGGACAGGGAGUGGGACAUCAUGGAAGAUAUGUCAAGGAUUGUACUACAGGCUCUAAGGAUAGGGGACAAACCAAGGAUUGGCAAUGCAAGCUACCCUCAGGAACUACUAAGGCAAGCCUAUCUGGUGCCUCUAACACUGGUUGACAAUCAGGGGGAACAAGGCAACUUUGAGACAUUACGUGCUGUUGUGGCUCCCAAAUCCAGCAUUGGAGAAGACAAGGCCAAUUCCAACAACAGAAGCAACGGCGGGCCCAAGCCAUCUGCAACAGAGCAAGACAAUCCAGACGUUAGGGACGCAACCAACCACGUUGCCAAGUGGACAACCCUUGGACCCAACAUCAAGAUGCGCAACGCUGGGAAUGGACUCAAGACCCUUGAGCAGGAACAGCCUUGCUUCUCACCACGCAAGCUCAAGCUCAAGCAAUUGUUGCGUUCACACACUGCGCAAAAACCGCUCAUAAGUCCUGAAUCAGGCAUCUCUCUCCCCCACGCCGUCUCCACCAUACCAUCCACACGCUCUGGCGCCCCUCACCCCUACUCUUGCCCUUCCAGCCGCUCCAGCCGACGUUCCAUUCCAACCCAUUCCCAACCACCCUCUCGCAGCGCAUCUCCCACUUUGCAAGACUUGCCAGGGAUGGAACCGGAGCCAACCCUUACCACUCUCCUCAAGGCUAUCCAAGCCCUCUCCACACAAGUUGGGUCCCUCCAGGACCAAGUCAAGUCUCAAGGCGAGCAAAUCACUCAGCUCACCGCCUUAUGCAAGGAGACCAACAACCUCGUUGGAGACAAGGACCAGGGCGGAGCCCAAACAAAGCCUGGCCCAUUGACUGGGCCUAUCACUCCUCCCACCCACACGGGAGGAGAAGCCCACACUCCAGCAACGAUUAGGCCUGGACUCAAGGCCCCCUUUUGA